AUGGAUAACACUGGCUGUGGUCCUCUGAGGGUUCCUGGAUUUGGGGAUAUACCCCUUGAAGAGGAGCUCAGAUGUGAGGAACGAUUCGCUCAUGGCAUCCGGGAAUGGAAGCAAGUGCCUGCCGUGACCAUGCGCGAGUUUGCCAUGGUGGAUGUGAUGAACACAUUGACUGAUAAAUUGGAUUGGGAUAUCGACAUAUUUAACGAAGACAUCGUCGCAAAGUGGCGUAAAGACGCUCUCGCAGCAACGCCCCUGAUGACUGAGCUACGCGAUAAAGCAAACGAAUACAAGCAGAAACAAUACGUCCGAGUCUUGCAUACUGGAUCAUGCGUUUGCAAAUCCAACAUACUAGUUCCGGUGACACUCGGCGUUGAUUUCAAAUCUGAACUUGGACCACUGCUCCCAGUCCGAAGCACCGGCGACCAGAUCUCCAACAUAGUUGAUCCGUCUCUAUACCCGUUGGUCUACGGGAGAAGCCCAGUUCUACUAGAUGGGGGAGAGGUUGUGUUGGAAGAUGUAAAAACGGCACCUAAACAUUUGGAUAAACGAGUCGAUUCUCUAUCUCUUCAGUUCCAUAUAGAACAAUGUCGAACUGACCCCUGGAGGGUCGCUUUCAAUGAUAUUCGAGGUCUUGAUAAUGUCAUGGCAUAUUUUUGGUCUUAUAAUUUCCAAUGGCUUCCAUGCGAAGUCAAGUUCAUUGGAGACUCCGGAACUAAUAUGCAGAUUACGUCUUACAUUAACAAUCUGCAUCCCACUCAAAAGCGUCUGUAUCGCAAUUUGGAGAAGCUGAUCUCACUCGCAGUCAAGCCUUGGAAUGAUUGCCUUAUCAAAGGCAAACGAAGUUGGGGAGAGCGAUAUGGUAAUAACAAGAGUCAACGAGGACCAGUGCCUCUGCGAAUCAUUACCUACGGUGUCGAGUGGGAAGAUGAUUUCCCGGAGUGGGCUUUAGCUUUCAACAGUGUUCGAAGAUAUCAGCUAGACAAUUAUCUCGCAUCUGUGGAGCUAUUACGUAGCAACCAAGAAAACACAGACGACCCAGAUAUGAGCAGGCGCCUUCGGAUAGCUAAAAGAAACGUCAAGUUGUAUCACGAUAUGGAGGGUGCGCAACCAAUACCAGAACCAAGUCCCGAAAUGUGGAAAAUCUCUCUAGAGUAUCUCCAACGUCCGGAUAUUGCUAGCGAACCUGGCGUUGUAAUGGCUCAAUCGUAUCGCGAACACUCGGAUAUCGGAUCCAGCACGUCCAACGUUAUUCCUCAAAAUUGGAAAGAAAACGCAUAUAGGCUAUUGCGGAAUAAAAACGACACGCUUUUGCGCUUCAGGCAUCCUGAGCCAGGCAUAGCAUUUUCUUAUGACGAAUGGAAGUCUGGUACGAACGACGAUAGAGCGGUUGUAGAAAUGGUUACUGAGAGAUUUGAUAACCCUUGCCAUUCACCUACAAAUUCCUAUCAUGACCCAUAUGUUAUUCAACUGGAAGAAACCUUUCGCAACCAAGGUCUCCAGGUUAUCAUUAAGAUUAGUACUAUCGAGCUUACACCAGAAAACCCAAAGUAUCAUGGUAGCCAAAUGAACGAGCACAUUGUUGCUGCGGCUGUGUAUGCUUAUGAUGUUCAUAAUGUAAGUGAAAGUCGGAUUACAUUCCGCCAGGAAACGGAUAUGGCUGCAAAUUUCUAUCAAUACGGACCAGACAUCAAUCAACAAAGAGAUGGCAACGUAUGGAAUCAGCCAGCAAAACGAUAUGGCAGGUCAUCAGUGGAAGUGUCAGCUAUUGGGGAGAUUUUUGGAUUCACAUGGGAUCAGUUGUUAAGGGAUAUCAUUGAUGAUACCCUACCUCUCCAGGAGAUUGGCCGCCUCACAAUGCCGCAAGGUAGGUUAAUUGCUUUUCCCAACACGAUGGAACAUCGGAGAGAGCCAUUCGAGCUAUUGGAUCCUACUGUCUCUGGCCAUCAUCGAUAUGUAACUCUUCUGCUUGUUGAUCCUAAUUACCGGAUAUGCUCAACCAGUAAUGUUCCUCCGCAGCAACAGGACUGGUGGAAGCACCGUACAAACGAUGGCUUGAUGGAAGGUGCGGUUGCCGACGCACAAUAUGAUGUUUCAAAAGCAAUUACAGCUCCUGAAGAAUGGGAACGUCACAAAAGGACCAUCGAGUACCUAUACCUCAAGCAGAAUCUUUCUCUCACGGAGACCAUUACAGAAAUGAGAGCAACGCACCAAUUCCACGCAACGUAA